UUGAAAGAAAAGCCUUCACACUCAACCUGGAAAGAUCUUGCUAAAGUGACUCUCACACAAGUCAUUCUUUUCAAUCGCCGGCGAGCUGGUGAGGUUUCCAGGAUGCCGUUGUCUGUUUACUUGUCAAAGGAUGCCUCAGAAACGCACAAGGAUGUUAACUUGGCCCUCACGGCACUUGAACAAAAGCUUUGCAGCUACUUUGUCAGGAUUACCAUUGUGGGAAAGAGGGGAAGGAAAGUCUCUGUUCUACCAAGCCCACCUAUGAAAGAAUCACUGGAUGCCCUUAGUGAAAAUCGUGAAGAAUGUGGAUUUUUGAAAGAAAACCAGUACCUGUUUGCAUUGCCUCACUCCAUCCACUACCUGAGAGGUUCAGACUGUAUAAGGCAGUUUGUAACUGAAUGCGAUGACUUGAAAAACCCUGCAGCACUUACCUCAACUAAGCUCAGGAAGCAUAUUGCUACCUUGUCAACAGUUUUGAAUCUCAAGACCACAGAACUGGACCAAUUAGCCAGUUUCCUUGGGCACAACAUUGCAGUCCACAGAAAGCACUACCGCCUUCCAGAGGGUACCCUACAGUUGGCAAAAGUAAGCAAAGUUCUCCUAGCCUUGGAACAAGGACGCCUAGGCGAAUAUAAAGGGAAGAGCCUGGAUGAAAUCCACCUAGAUGUCAAUGAAACUGUUGAUAUGGAUGGGAUUUCACAAGAGGAAGAUAUGAAUUUCUUUCAAUUCUCAAAUUGAAUUCUCAUUAGUUCUUAUUACACUAGACCAGUUGUGUCCAACCCUGGUGCU